ACUCUAGAGUGUAAGAAAGAGACAGAGACAGAGUCUGAGUUUGUAAGAGAGAUCAACUAGCUCAAUCACCAUAACUAAAAAAAUCAAUGGACGUCUAUGGCUUAGACGACCUUCUUGAUUUCUCCAACGAAGACAUCUUCUCCGCCUCUUCUUCCACUUCCACCGCCGCUACUUCCUCCUCCCCUCCUCCUCACCACCACCAUCUCCCUUCCUCCGCCGAUCAAUCCUUCCUUUACGACAUUUGCGUUCCCAGUGACGACGCAGCUCACCUGGAAUGGCUUUCGCAGUUCGUCGACGACUCCUUCGCUGACUUUCCGGCGAAUCCACUCGGAGGAACUUUGACUUCCGUCAAAACUGAAACCUCGUUUCACGGGAAACCAAGAAGCAAACGCUCGAGAGCUCCAGCUACUACCCUCGCCGGAACAUGGACACCGAUGUUUGAAUCCGACCAGCCUAAGAAUGAACAAUCCGUCGGAGGAGGAGGAGGAAGACAUCAGUCGUCGGCGGAAGGAGGGAUGAGGAGAUGCACUCACUGUGCAUCGGAGAAGACUCCGCAAUGGAGGACAGGACCACUCGGACCUAAGACGCUGUGUAACGCUUGUGGAGUCCGGUUUAAGUCCGGUAGACUUGUACCGGAAUAUAGACCGGCGUCGAGUCCGACUUUUGUUUUGACUCAGCAUUCAAACUCUCACCGGAAAGUGAUGGAGCUUCGACGCCAGAAGGAGGUUAUGAUACAACCACACCAAGUCCAACUUCACCACUACCACCAUCAGCAGUUUUAG